AUGACCUCCCCCCAGGCACCAGCACUAGGUCGACCAUUAUCAUUUCCUCACCCUCAUCAGGAGACAAGCACGACUCAAGAUGACCGUACACCUCGACCAACAUCAACAAGCCAGUUCACGUCCAUGCCUUUGAGGGAUGAAUCCGGAUCGGUGAGAGAUGCAAGCACGGAAGACAGUCAUUCUUUGGCAAAUACAUUUGGAACUACAGAUCUACUUCGAAACAGGAAUUCCCAGACAGAGUUUAUAGCCGGUACACAAGGGACAGUCUCACCUUCUUUCCCUAGUCAGGAAGGGAUCAGUCAGACUCAAUCGGAUCAAAGUCAACCUUUGUAUCAAAAUGCUAUCACCAGACUCCCCCCUUCGGAGACUAAGACUGAUCAAUCCAAUGCCGAUGAAGCGCCCAUACUCAAUACUCAUAAUCGUUCGGACCCAAUAGACAAUCAAGGAGAAGAUUCAUCCUCUUCCGCUACCAUGCACAACCGCCCGUCUUCUUCUUCUUCACCACCUGACCAGUCGGACCUCCGUGAUCCCUCGAAGAAACGAUUCAAGCAAGCUGGAAUAUUAGUCGGAUCGGCUUCGGGAGCAGCUACAGCGGCCAGACACCUGUUAGCAAAUCGACAUGAUCAAGUGGGUAACGAAGGUGGUAGACUACCUAGAGGGUAUGAGCAAUUUGAGAUAUCGGAUAAAUGGGGGAUCGGCUCUAAGAAUAUCAAAGAAGCUAGAUGGAAAGCUGUCAAGAAAGGUGCAGUGUUAUACGGCUUCAUCACUAUCUGGUUAUGGAUCUGUCUAUCAAUAUUUUGGGGAUCGACCUAUCGUCUGACCUCAUUCUUACCUUCACUUACCGUACACGUAAUUCCCUUUGACACUCCUUCAUCCACCUCGUUUCUGAACGGUCCAAUCACUCAACAAAUGACGUACGUGGCCAAUGAGCCUCCUUCGGUGGUUCAUCUAGGCUAUCAAAUAAAGGAUCCGUCCAAUUACCCAAACGGCCUUGAAGACGUUAGAAGAAGUGUGGUCGCUCAAGAGUGCUGGGCAGCUAUUGUUGUUAAUGACAAUGCCUCGUCGGCUUGGACGGACGCACUGCAGAAUGGCGAUGAGUCUUAUGAUCCAACGGGGGCGAUUGGUAUCUAUUAUUCUGGAGCGAGGUUUUAUCAGGUGGUACUGCUUUACUUUGAUUCUUUGAUCACUCGAGCCUUGGCAAACCCCUUGGCGACAGCUCGCUCACAAGCUCUAGAAGCAUUUAUGGGAUCAGCUAAUACCAAUCCUACUUUACUCACAAAUGCAGCUAGGGUACCACAGGCAAUAGGAGUAGGAUUCGGGUAUACGAUAUUCGACGUCAGACCUAUUCAGAAUGGAGCUUGGGCUGGUGCAGCUCCCAUGGAAGCUAGUUUGAUUUACUUUAUCAUCUUUGCUUUCUACCUUUGCUUGUUUGGUGGUAUAGCACGUAUGAAAUCUGGAUUGAACUCCAGGCUCAAAAUGUCCUCCAUGUUGGGGUUGAGAUUGGGCUGGCCAUUAUUAGCUUAUUUCUUCAUCUCACUAUGGCAAACUUUGAUCGUUCGAGCAUGGCAGAUACCCUUGUCAGACCACCUCGGGAGAGCUGGAUUUGUUACUCUCUGGGCUUUGAACUAUGUUACCAUCAUCGCAGCGGGGUUCGCAAUGGAGACGAUGUUGGCUUUAAUUGGUAUCGCAUGGUUACCUUUCUUCUUGAUAUUGUGGAUUAUCCCCUCAUCGUUCUACCCUAUCGAACUGAUGCCGAACUUCUAUCGUUUCCUGAGAUGGAUGCCAUUUGUACAUAACGUGGAGGCUUACAAGAUCAUCGCAUAUGGUACGGACCUCCAACAUCGACUGGGAUUACAUUUCGGUAUAAUAUUCGCGGUCAUUGGAGUGGAACUGAUUUGUUUCCCUCUUGCGUUGUUCUUUGAGAGGUGGAAAAGUGAUAGAGAUCAGAGGAAACAGGUUGAACAGAAGAAGAAAGAGGAAGAUGAUGAGAGAAAAGCUAAGGAGAAAAAGAGAGAUGGCAAUGGUGAAGCUUGA